AUGGCCGACGGCAAGUUGGAUCCUCCCGCCGGCUACGCCUUCGAACCAGCCGAGCACGAGCUGAUCACCAAGUUCCUCCGGCCACGGAUCGCCGCCGGACCGGACGCCUUCUUCGCCAGCCGCCUCAUCCACGAGUUCGACGCCUACUCCGCCGCCCCCGGCGACCUCGUCGAGAUGUAUCAACACGCGCAAGGAACGGACAAGGGCGACGGGAAAGGGGGCGUCUGGUACUUCUUCACCCAUGCCCGUCGUCACCAGACCAAAGGCGGCCGCGGUGGCGGGAGGCGGCAGCGUGCCGUGGCCGACGCCGGCGAGGGUUACUGCUGGCACUCGGAGAAGGGCGGGAUCCCUGUGCUAGACAACCAAGGUAAACUCGUAGGCCAUAGAAGAAACCUCAGCUACGUCAAGAAGUUGCCUAGAGAAAAAGAGAAGAUCAGGAUCGGCUGGUGCAUGGCCGAGUACAGCCUCGACGGCGACGGCAAGCAAGACGGCUUGGUGCUCUGCAAGGUCUGCGUCUCUCGUCACAGGAGCGAGACCACAUACGACGAGGUAAUCAAUGCCCCCGGUUCCAGGAAAAGGAAGGCCGCCGACGUCCAGCACCCGGAUGCUCCACGGACCCAAACCCCACGCCGCCAGGAACCGCCGAUCGUCCAACAACCCGGGAUGCUUCACGAGUAUGGGCGCUGGUUCAUGUCCGACGAAGGCGAGACGUUGUUGCCGCCCGGAGCAGUGGACGACGGCAGCGUGGAUCCAGGCGGGUUCUUCACCGACGACAUGCUUCAAGAUUUUCCCGAGCUCCAUGACGCUGUGGUGGCGCAGGGGUUCUUGCCCGGUAAACUCGACGGCGCAGUCCAAGAAGGCAUUGGCGCUGCAGAGGAUGAAGACGACGCCUUCCGGUGCACGUUAGAUGAGCUGCUCGGCUUCUGCGACGACACGACUGUACUAGUCUAG